AAAACCCAUCCCUUAACUCUAAACCCUAAAGUUUGAAUUAAUUAACUCAAAGGGUAUAAGUGUAUAUUUACCUCUUUAAUGAAACCUAUUUUUGUGACUUUGAGCCUUGAGUGCUAUUUUGGAAACAAAAACUUGGUUUGGUGCUAUCCUAGUCUUUUUCUCAAUACUAAUCUGAGUACUCUCCUAUUUAAAAAAAAAUCCAACUAAAAAUAUCUACUUAUAUAAUAUGCUAUUAUUACCUUUAAACAAAUUCAAACAAUUGAUAUGUGAUUAUGAUGGUACAGAUUAUGAUGAUGAUGAUGAUGACAAUGGUACUAAUUCAUUAGGAUCUAGAUAUAACAACUCAUUAUGUGCUAAUAUGUAUGUUCUAUGUAUAUCGGUUAGGUUUCUCAGUCAAUUUUUUCGGUUUGAUUAAUAAAAUUUAUUUGAAGAAUGUUUCAGUGAAUUAUGUAAUCCAAUUUUGUAAAACAAAAUUUAAUUGAAAAUUUUAUUAAAAAAUUGACUCUCACUAGAUAAUAACUAUAUUUUUGUAAACUUGAUGUGCUUCUUCUACUAAACGCGCCUAUAAAUACACCAAUAUGCUUUGCUCAUAACUUCAUUCACCACCUUUACUUAAUUCAUUCGCUCUCUCUCUCUCUCUCUCUCUCUCUCUCUCUCUCUCUCUCUCUCUCUCUCUCUCUCUCUCUCUCUCUCUCAGCUCUUUCAUCACCACGCAGCAAAGAAAGACGAUGGAGAAGGAGAAGAAGAUGAUCGUGUUGAAGAGCUCCGACGAUGAAUCCUUUGAAGUCGAUGAAGCGGUCGUACAUCAAUCAGUGACACUGUCGCCUAUGGUUCAAGAUUGCGCCGGUCGUGAAUACCCGAUCAACAACGUCACAGGCAAAAUCCUCAACUUAGUGGUAGAAUACUGCAAGAAUCACGUCGUUGUCGACGGUGGCGAUUCUUCUUCCUCCUCCUCCUCCGGCGAUGCUCUCAAGAAGUGGGACGAUAAGUUCAUCACGCAAAUGGAUCUGUCGACGGUCUACGAUCUCAUCAUGGCUGCGAACUACCUAAUCAUCAAAGGUCUUUUUGAUCUCGCUUGCCAGAGAGUCGCUGACGAGAUCGCGGCAUGCAAAGACCACGAGGAGAUUCGCGCAACGUUGGGCAUCGUGAGUGACUAUACAGCAGAGGAGGAAGCAGAGGUUCUCAAGGAGAACGAGUGGGCUUUUGAUUGAUGAAUGAAUGAGCGGGUUAAUCUAAACCCUAGCUAGCUACUCUUUCUUUUCGAAUCUUUGUGUUUGUAUGUUGUUUACGGAUCUUUAGAUCGAUAAUAGUUGAACUUGGCUUUCUUGUUUCGAUUUUGAUAAUAUCAACAGUGUUCUUGAUCGUAUAUUAGAUGAACAGAAGUCUUAUAAAGCAAGUUGUUAUUGAUCGUAUGAGUUUAUGCUUUCUGAAUUGGGUUUCAAAGUCGAGUCUUUACAUCGAUAACCAUGAGAACAAGAGAGUUGUGUUCACUAAACAUGACUCGUCUUUGGCUUGCAGAACAAGAAAAGGCAAUUCUUGAUUCUUAAACAAGAUCAAGAAAACAGAGGAUGAUGAUAAAACUGCAUAUAUCUAGAAGAAGUUUUUGUAUAUGUGAAGCUUGCGUUUUAAGAAAUCUUCUGUCAAUGAUCUUUGCACUCUAUCGAUUUAAAGUACUUUUGUUCAUUGGCUUUCCUAUGCACAAGCUCAAAACUUGUAUAGCUAAAUCUCUAUCAAGAGAACCAGAGUUGUUUUCACUAACAUGACGUGACUCUUCUUUUGGUGCUGGAUAAGUUAACUCUUUAUAUGAACAUUGCACAACAUAAAAGACAAGAUAAAAGCCAUUCCAAAACUCUGAAAAAAAAAACAAAGUAUGGUGAUUAUAAUGUGUACAUAUGUAGAAGAAGGUUUUAUACGUUAGAAGCCUGCUCCAGUCCAAAAAUCUUGUGUCAAUGAUCCUUCUCUUCUACUCACUCACUCUUGCUAAUUCUGAUAUCAAAUGCUCCAUCUCUUGUACCUGAUUAACCUUUGACAUAUAGUUUCCAAACAUUUUUGUGUAAUGCUUUCCGUAACCUUAGAAGCUACAACAAGUGCUUCCGCUAAGUCUUUAUUUUUCAAUCUCUUAGUUGAAUAUAUAUAUAUAUAUGUAAAACAAUACCAGCAAGCAUUUGUAGUACAGAGGUUGGAUUGUUUCGUUAAUGUUGUGAGAGCUAGCGACUGACAUCUACUGUUUUUUUCCGAUAUUAAUGUUUUAGAAGUUUCACUUGAUAUCUAGUUCUUAUGGUCGUUUGUUAUGUGUUAUGGUUUAUUGGAUUUAGUUGUCUUUCCAUGGUUUGGAGUUUUUCUUUGUUUGGACUUUUUGUUUUUUGGAGUUUUAUAAACUACCAAAUUUAUGCAUCUUGAUCAUCUCCAUUGGGAAGAUGUAAUGAAAUAUCUCAAAAAUAAUUAGUAAAAUAUUAGUUGAGUAUUUUUCCUACUUUAAAUUUGGGAACCCAAACUAUAUAUAUAUAUAUAUAUCAUUAAUUCAUUAUGAUGAUGAUAAUGGUACCAAUUCAUUAGGGUCUAAAAAUAGUAACUCCGUUGGUGUUAAUGUGUAUAUUCCAUGAAUUUCGGUUAGCUUUCUCAGUUAAAUAGUGGACUCUCAAUAGAUACUUGAUGUCAUGUGCGCUCGCUUCUAAAACGCCUAUAAAUACACUGCAUGGCCUCAUAGUAACUUCAUUCACCACCUUUUCUAACCACUCGCUCGCUCGCUUCUUUCAUUCUUCGUUCAAAUCUUCUCACGAGAAAAUCGCCACGCAGCAAAGAAGGACGAUGGAGAUGUUCGUGUUGAAGAGCUCCGACGAUGAAUCCUUUGAAGUCGACGAAGCGGUGGUACUUCAGUCGCAGCUCUUGUCGAAUCUUUUUGAAGACUGCAGCGGCGCUCGUGAAUGCAAGAUUGAAGAAGUCACAGGCCAAGUCCUCUCGAAGGUGGUCGAGUACUGCAAGAGCCACGUCGUCGACGGUGGUGAUUCGUCUUCCUCCUCCUCCUCCGCCGGUGAUGCUCUCAAGAAGUGGGACGAUAAGUUCAUCACGCGAAUGGAUCUGUCCAUGGUCCUUGACCUCAUCAUGACUGCGAACUACCUAAACAUCAAAGGUCUUUUUGAUCUCACGUGCCAGAGAGUCGCUGAUGAGAUCGCAGCUUGCAAAGACCAUAAGGAGAUUCGCACAAAGUUCGGCAUCGUAAGUGACUACACAGCGGAGGAGGAAGCAGAGGUUCUCAAGGAGAACGAGUGAGAGGGUUAAUCUAAACUACGAUAAACAUCGCUUUCUUGUUUUGAAUUUUGUGGAUAUGAACCGUACUAUGUAAAGUCUUUGGUUUCUGAAGCGAUCCGUUCUUGAUUCUAUGAAUUGAGUAUUCAACUCCUUUUAUGCUUUCUGCGAAUUUGAUCUUUACAUCGAUUAUAUUGUUGCAUUGCUUCAACUUAAUCCUUACCGCAAGAACCAAGAGAGUUGUGUUCACUAGACAUGACUCGUCUUUGGCGUGCAGAACAAGAAAAGGCAAUUUUUGAUUCUUAAACAAGAUUAAGAAAACAGAGGAUGAUGAUGAUAAACUUCAUAUAUAUAGAAGAAGUUUUGUACAUGUGAAACUUGCGGUUUAAGAAAUCUUUGCUCUCUAUCGAUUUAAAGUACUUUUGUUCAUUGGCUUUUUCCUAUGCGCAAGCUCAAAACUUGUAUAGCUGCAGAACUAAAUCUAUAUCAAGAGAACCGGAGUUGUUUUCACUAACAUGACGUGACUCUUCUUUUGGUGUUGGAUAAAUUAACUCUUUAGCGGAACAUUGCACAACAUAAAAGAAAAGAGAAAGGCAUUUCAAAACUCUAAAAUUUGAAGUAUGGUGAUUAUAAUGUGUACAUACGUAGAAGAAGGUUUUUAUACGUAGAAGAAGGUUUUCACUAAUUUGAAGUAUGGUGAUUAUAAUGUGUACUUACAUAUUUUUAUUUUAGGAAAGUAACACUUGGGGUGUGCCAAAGCAGCUUACAGAUUCUUCGUUUGGUGAGCGCAAGAAAGUUUCACGCCCACUGUAUAUUCUUACCAUUUACUUAUGAAGAUAUUUGCAUAGUGUGGAGCGUAUAAGGCAAUAUGGAGAAUUGGAGAUUAGUUGAUGAGAUGGUUCAAGAUGGAUAUCCGACAACAGCUAAGAACGUUUAAUCUGUUAUGAAUAUGGAAGUGAGGAUGCCUGACCCUUACAGCAUAUCGAGUCAGACCAUCAAGAAGCUAACAAUUUACUAUGAUUGUGAAUAUGGAAGUGAUUUUAUGUCAUUUGACGGCCCAAGUCUUGUCUCCCUCGACUGCAGUGACUAUGCCUUGUAUGUGUACCCACUUGUUAACUUGGAAUCCUUGGUCGAAGCUAAGCUGGUGGACCUUUGUUAUUCUAAAAGGAUCAAGAGGCCGGAUAUAUCUGGUCUCCUUGUAGGGAUAAGCAACGUCCAGACCCUGCAUCUUUCUGUAGGUUCUGUUGAUGUAAGUCUUCCCAUUUUCUUUAAAGAGGAGCCUGGACAUUAUUUUUUAAAAAGAUAUCUACUUCCAUUAAUCUAUCCGAAGAUCGAGAAUUCAAAUGUUGAUUACAAGCUUAAAAAAAAUCUAAUUCAAACUUAGCUUGUUUUGUUUGAUCUAAGCUUGGACAAUGCUUGAAAAGUUACUGUGUGUUGUGUGUUGCAGGUGAUUUCAAUGUGUAGAAGAUGGACUAGUUUUACCGAUGUUCAAGAAUCUGGUUAGCUUAUCUUUUGGGAGUAACCACAAACGAUGUUGGAAACUGCUGCCUUAUCUGCUUAAACAGUCUCCAAAGGUUGAGACAAUAGUCAUCAAGGUAUAUUUUCAGCAAGCAAAAAUUUCUAUAUAUAUAUGUAUAAAGAAACGUUAUUUUAAAUCGUUGCAUGCAUCUUCUUUUUGAUGCUUCUCCAGGGUCGUGAUGGUGACACAUGCGAUGAUACCAUUGCAAGUGAAGGUGUUGGAUAUUCUUGUUUAUAAAGGAACUGCUAAAGAGUUUGAACACUUGAAGAGUUUGCUUGGGGCAACGAAAUGCAACGAAAAAGUGCGAGUGGAGUUCCACGAAAAUGUGUGGUGGAUGUGGAUGAUGACACUAUUACUCAAACCCGUAGGGAUCUAGUUACCCUAUUUGGAGUUGUUGCAGAACCAUUCCAGUGGAAUGUCGAAGUCGCAUAUUUCAAGUAGUUUAUACUUAUAAAUUGCUCUUGUAGGGAGCUUUCUUUUAUGUAACAUUAAACUCACAAGUUGUUUCAUAUCGCAUUGCUUUUGCAUGAGCCUCUUUUCUUGUCCUAAAUUCAUAAAUAAAUAUUUUAUAUUCAAAAAUUAUAGAUUGCUAAAGAUUAUAAACUCUCUUCUACUUAGAUUGGUAUGAUGGUAUACUUUAUCAUCAUUAAUCAUAAUCAUAUCAACACCAUCAUCAUUAUUAGUUUAUUACUAACAUCAUUAUUAUACAUAUCAAUGAUGAUGUUCAAAAUUAAAUAAUUUGGUGCUAAUGUGUAUGUUCCACUGAAUUUCGGUCAGCUUUUUUAUUGGUUUAAUGAUGUAAUCCAUUGAUAUAAAAUAUGAAAUAUAAGUAUAUAACUGAUCAGAGUUUCAUAAAUAAUUGACUCUUUUAAUAGAUAAAUAUUAGUUAAACUUGAUGAGCUUCUACUCAAAUUAAGGCUUACAAAUACACAUGCAUGUGCUGAUUCAUCGCUCUCUCGAUUCUUUAAUCUACAUAUUUAAUCUACAUCAAUCAGUGUUCAGGUAAACGCUCCACAAAGAUAUUAUGUUCAUUUAGUUCCAAAAUAUUUAUUUCCUUUUUUGUUAAAUGAGGUUGUUGUCUUUCUCAUUUGCAUAUUGUUGAAACUUACAUUCUUGUUCAAAAUCUCAGGCUUACUGCUUUUUCCCGAUAUUCUAAGGUUUUAGAAGUUUCACUUGAUAUCUAGUCCUUAUGGUAGUUUGUUAUGUGUUAUGGUUUACUGGAUUUAGUUUGUCUUUCCAUGGUUUGGAGUUUUUCUUUGUUUGGACUUUUGUUUUUGGAGUUUUAGAAACUACCAAAUUUAUGCAUCUUGAUCAUCUCCAUUGGGAAGAUGUAAUGAAAUAUCUCAAAAGUAAUUAGUAACAUAUUAGUUGAGUAUUAUUCCAAUUUUAAAUUUGGGAACCCAAACUAAGAAAAGGUCCAAUUCAAAAUAUAUACUUCAUAUUUUAUAAUUCAAACGUUGAUAUGAUGAUGGUAAAGAUAUACCUAUCAUUAUGAUGAUGACAAUGGUACCAAUUCAUUAGGAUCUAAAUGAUAAUUCCUUUGGUGCUAUCAGAGCCGGUCCGUGUAUUUACCGGGCUGGAAGCAGAACUAAGAAAAAGUGGCCUAUUUAUGUUUAAUUAUUUGUAAAAGAAACUACUUUAAAAAUGUCACUGCGUAGAGUCUCGAACCCUCACCUUUACAUAGCUCAAAUUUCACCAUUACCACUGGAGCUACUGGAUAAAUAUUGUAAAAAUGUGGCCGCUAAACUUGAUAAUUUAAUGACGGCUGGAAGCAGCCGCUUCUCCCGCUUACCUCCAAGGCCGGCUCUGGGUGCUAUUGUGCUAAUGUGUAUGUUCCAUGAAUUUCGGUUAGGUUUCUCAGUCAAAUUUGUGGUUUAAUUAAUAAAUUUAUUUGAAGAACGGGCUCAUAACUUCAUUCAGAAUAUAUAAUUGAAAAUUUCAUAAAUAAUUGACUCUCAAUCAAUAGACUUGAUUGAUAUGUGCUUCUACUAAACGCCUAUAAAUACACUGCAUGGGCUCAUAACUUCAUUCACCACCUUUUCUAUUCGCUCGCUCGCUCUCUUAUUACUUCUUUCAUCCUCCCUCGAAUCUUCUUACGAGAGAACCGCCACGCAGCAAAUCACGACGAUGGAGAAGGAGAAGAAGAUGUUCGUGUUGAAGAGCUCCGACGAUGAAUCCUUUGAAGUCGAUGAAGCCGUCGUACUCCAAUCUCAGCACUUGUCGCAUGUUGUUGAAGACUGCACCGGUCGUGAACACAAGAUUGAGAAUGUCACAGGCAAGAUCCUCGCGAAGGUGGUCGAAUACUGCGAGAACCACGUCGCCGUCGUCAACGAUGGUGGUGCCAAUUCUUCUUCCUCCUCCUCCUCCGGUGAUGCUCUCAAGAAGUGGGACGAUAAGUUCAUCAAGGAAAUGGAUAUGUCCACGGUCUACGAUCUCAUCAUGGCUGCGGACUACCUAGACAUCAAAGGUCUUUUUGAUCUCACGUGCCAGGGAGUCGCUGACGUGAUCGCGGCAUGCAAAGACCAUAAGGAGAUUCGUGCAACGUUCGGCCUCGUGAAUGACUACACAGCAGAGGAGGAAGCAGAGGUUCUCAAGGAGAACGAGUGGGCUUUUGAUUGAUGAAUGAAUGAGCGGGUUAAUCUAAACCCCUAGCUACUCUUUCUUUUCGAAUCUUUGUGAUCGUUUAUGAGAUAAACAUUGCUUUCUUGUUUUGAUUUUAGUGAAUCUUUAGAACCUUUCUUGACUCUUACGCAAAAAGAUUGAGUGAAAAACAGAGGAUGUUGUUAAACUGCAUAUAUCUAGAAGAAGUUUUGUACA